AUGUGCAUGGCCGAUGAUCACUGCCGCAACAUGUCCAAGACCCUCAAAAUCAACAACAAGCAGACAUCAAGCGCCACGAAUCAUUUGGCUCAGACCCACGGUAUCAAGAGCGGCAAGACGAAGACUGCCGAAGCAAAGGCAGUCGAGACCUACGACGAGCUUGAAGCUGCCCGAAACAGCAAGCUGUUUCGGACCGAUCCGCAGGGCUUCAUCGUCCAGGAGUACGUCAAGGCGUACCCCAUUGAUUCGGCUGAACCUUUCAACCGGGCUGAGCGCGCAUCCGUACGCCGGUUGUACUCACUCCUGAACAAGGACUUCGACGUCACCGGUAUCAACAAUAAGGCGGUGAAGAAGGUGAUCGCGAAGAUGUAUCAUGUUACGACCCGGGAGUUCAACGCGUCCAUGCAGAAGACUCUGCGCAACGCCACUAUCCCUAUCCUCUACGUGAACUGCGACCUGUGGACGAGCCAUGUCUCCGGCCUCAAGUACAUUGGUGUCCGCGUGUUCUACCUCGACGAGAAGAUGAACGUCAAGACACAUCUCCUCGCUAUCAGGGGAUUUCGACCUCCGGGGGCGCAAACCGGCGACGUGGUGUGCAAGUGGGUGCGCCAAGUGCUAGGACAGCAUGGUAUCCGAGACGAGGACAUCGCCGGUGCGGUGACGGAUGCCGGAUCUGACGUCCGGAAAGGCGUGUCGCAGGCGUGGCCUUGGGAGUGGUGCCUGCCGCAUGCUCUCAACCGUGCUACUAUCGACGGAACGGGCAUGACGCAGGUCAAGGAAAAGUCGAAGAACCCCCUCUGUCGCGACUUGCUCGAACUGAUCAAGGGGAUAGUUGGACACUUCAACAAGUCCGCCGCCGACAAGAUCGCCCUGGAGGAAAUCAUCGACGAGAUGUCCCAAGGGAAGGGGUCAACCGCAAAGCUGUCGCAAGCCGUUGCGCAGCGCUGGAUCAGCAUCUGCAAGAUGCUACUGCGAGUCCUGGAGAGGUGGGAUGCCCUCAAGAAGAUCUACCUCGACAGCGACAAGGAGUUCCCCUUGAGGAGCAGGAAAAAGGAGGUGGAGGAGGUGUACACGAUCAUCAACGCCGUGAAGGCAGUCGUCGUCUACAGCCAGACUACCUACGAAUCAACCGCGCAGGGUGGGCUACAACGACUCGUUGUCCUCGCGACCUCCACCCUCGAGCCGAUGCGCCCGCUGACGGUGACGCCCGUUCGGGCGAUCGGGCAGAAGGAGGACGAAGUGCCUGCGGCUUCGACUGGACCUCACACAGACCUCACGAAGGUCGCGAUGGCUACUCGCGAGGCUUUUGCAGAGGCCGUUGCGAAACGGUUUGUGAAGGGGCGCUACGGCAGCGGGCUUGGGACCCACAGUCACCGUUUCGACAUGGCGAUGUUCCUCUGUCCCUCGGCGCGAGGUAUGAAGUACAUCGACACUCUCGAAGCAUCUACCGUCGGACCGAUGGGAGGGUUCAAGGAGCCGGACAAGGUCAAGCAGGUGAUCAAGAACCAAGCACGCGACCUUCUCGCCAAAGGCAUCGCCUUCAUCAGAGAACAGGAAAAGAAGACUCCCAUCGUGGUGGAACCGGAGCCGAGGGCGAAGCGGUUGAAAACCGCUGGCAGCGUCGCCGUCGAUCCGCGCCAAGCGGAAUUCGCGCAAGAGGGAGUCCUAGACUCCAGCAGCGACGAAGACGCGGAACCCGCGAGCGACCACACCAACACUCCUGAACAGGAAGCCGACGGCAUCCUCACCAAGUGGCGUGUCUUCAAGAACAUUCAUGGUCUAUUGUCCAGGGUGUGGAUAGAUCUAGGACGCCCACAUCUCACCCCCGACAGCAGCGCACCCCCAGAAACCGAACAGCAGCCUCAAGUCAUGAACACCCUGUCCAAGGCCUCCCCACUCAAGCGCAAGCAACAACAAGCCUCCGCGCCGAUCGUGAAGCCGCGCGCACUGUUGACGCUCGGCGUUGAGGGGUGGCCGUGUCCCGACGACAACAGCACCGACGGCCUCCUCAAGGUCGUCAAGAAAAAGAACGGAGGGGAUUUCUUGACUUGCGAUCAGAAUAUCUGGAAGGACGAAACUUCGUGCAAGGUGUCCCUUUCACUGCUCAAGCCCAGCCAGGACCACCCCCACGAGUGCAGUCUGUGCCUGAAGGACGUCGGCGGGACACCAUCGCUGGGAACGGACACCGGCGAAACUGAUAGCCGGGGCUAUUCCGCCGUGUAAACGCCAGGCACGCCAUCUCAGUGUCUGACCUUCGAUUUCGUGUUUAGUUCUGCCCAGGAUGACGCCUUCGCUACAGUACGCCGAAGAACAGUUCCGGCCUAGAUUGCCCUUUCGUCUAAAGCAUCACAUUGACCUCAUAGAGUAUCAUCACAUUCGAGUUGACACUGCGUUGUUUCCUUUUUAAGAGCCUGAUAGAGUAUCACAUUCGAGUUGACACUGCCAUGUGUUUACCUGUACAUGACUAGUGCCGGCGUAGAUUAAGCCUUCUAGAGUAUCACAUUGACCUUAUAGACUAGAUAAUCACAUUAUUAGAGUUGGGCCUGAUAAUCACAUUCGAGUCCGAAAAUCUCGCAUAUCGAGAUUGUACCGUCGUUGCCAACAGUAUUUGAGCCUGAUAGAGUAUCACAUUCGAGUUAUAGAGAGUUCCUGGCUAGAGUUGAGCCUGAGUAUCACAUGCGAGUCCGAUAAUCUCGCAUAUCGAGAUUGUGUGUUUGUACACGCGUAGCGCCGAAGAAUAGUUC